UGGCGGCGCCCGAGCAGACGCUAAACAUGUACCUGUAAGCUAGUAAAAUGCUCCAAAGGUUCAGGGUUCCUGCAUUACACUCAUACCUUUUUUUUUUUACACGCCAUCGUCCGGGCCUCGAGCAACAGGACGCUUUGUGGUCGCAAUCAGGAUAGAGCAAACCGACAAAGACACUCUUAUCAAACAAGAAGGAAUAACACCAGGUGUAAUAACUGAAAUCUGUGUAACACGCCAUUAAAAAGAUGGAGUUUAUCAAAGAGGAGACCGAAUACAUGAGUUGUGCAGAAGCAUGCAGCAUGAAAAACGAAGACACAACGGAACAAAAAGAACCGGUGGAACCGAAAGAGGAAAGUGAAGAACUGAAAGUGGAGGAGAGACAUCAGUAUGAGAAACUUCAUGACUUGGUCACAACUGGAGAAGAAGCUAUUAGCUGCUCACAGGCUAAAAAGAAUGUCUCGCAAAAAACAACCCGAGCCAAACAUUAUUUCGCCUGCCCUCAGUGUGGAAAGAGUUACAGCAGUAAAGGAAAUCUUGAGGUGCACUUGAAAACCCACACUGGAGAGAAGCCUUUUGCAUGCCCUCAGUGCGGAAAGAGUUUCCUGUUUAAAGGAAGACUUAAUGCACACAUAAGAAGUCACACUGGAGAGAAGCCUUUUGCAUGCCCUCAGUGCGGGAAGAAUUUCGGCAGCAAAGGAAUCCUUGCUCGGCACGUGAAAAUUCACGAUGCACGGGACCCUCUUACCUGCCUUCAGUGUGGGAAAAGUUUUACAGUGAAACAAUACUAUAACCGUCACAUGAGAAUUCACUCUGGGGAGAAGCCUUUCACGUGCCCUCAGUGUGGGAAAGGUUUCACAGAGAAGCAAAGCUUUGAAAAUCACAUUAGAAGUCACACUGGAGAGAAGCCUUUUGAGUGCCCUCUGUGUGGACAAGGAUUCACGCGGAAAGAAAGCUUUGAAGCGCACAUGAGAAUUCACACUGGAGAGAAGCCUUUUACGUGCUCUCAGUGUGGGAAGAGUUUCACACGUAAAGUGACCUAUAAGAUGCACAUGAGAAUUCACACUGGAGAGAAGCCUUUCACGUGCCCUCAGUGUGGAAAAAGUUUUGCAGAUAAACCAAGCUUUAACUGCCAUGUAAGAAUUCACAAUGGAGAAAAGCCUUUUACAUGCCCUCAGUGUGGGAACAGCUACCCGUGUAGACGAUACCUGAAAAGGCACAUGAAAGUGCAUGCUGAAGUAAAACCUUUCACCUGUCCUCAGUGUGGAAAAGGCUACACAGACAAAGGAGGCCUUACCAAUCACAUCACGAAUAUUCACACUGGAGAGAAGCCUUUCCCAUGCCUCCAGUGUGGAAUGAGCUUCUCACGUAGAACAGCCUUUAAUACACACAUGAGAAUUCACACCGGAGAGAAGCCUUACACAUGCCAGCAGUGCGAGGAGAGCUUCACAAACAAAAGAAGACUUGAUACCCACAUGAGAAUUCACACUGGAGUGAAGCCGUUUACCUGCUUCCAGUGUGGGAAGAGCUUCACACGCAAAAGGACGCUUAAUACGCACGUGAGAAUUCACACCGGAGAGAAGCCAUACACAUGCCAGCAGUGCGAGGAGAGUUUCACCAACAGAAGAAGACUUGUUUCUCACAUGAGAAUUCACACUGGAGAGAAGCCUUACACGUGCUUCCAGUGUGGGAGGAGCUUCACACGGCCGAGAAGUCUGAAAAAUCACGUUUGCUCUAACUCUAAUGUGAGAUCAUUUAACUGUGAUCAGUGCUGUAUAAAUUUUACUUCUGCAUCAGCCCUAAAAAUGCAUCUUGAAAUUCAUACAGAGGAGAAUCUUCCCUCUGGAUUGGCAGAAAAAAAUGAUUUUAGUGUGCGAGCUCAUGUCUGCUUGGAGUGUGGGAAGGCCUUUUCUAAUACCAGUGACUUGGGACGGCACCUGAGAAUCCAUACUGGGGAAAGACCUUACAGGUGCUCAUAUUGUGGAAAGGGUUUCACUCUGUCACAAAGCCUGAAAAUACACGAGAGAGUUCAUACUGGAGAAAAGCCAUACCACUGCACUUCAUGUAGAAAGAGUUUCAGCCAAUUAUAUACUCUACAGAUUCAUAGAAUAAAGUAUUGUCGAAAGUUGAUGCAGGGAGCAAACUGCAUGUCAUCUGCAGUGUAAAUAAUGAGCAAUUCUCAAAUUGAUUUGCGACAUUGCGUUAACUGUAGGGUCAGAAAUUGCAACCUUCAGAAAUGACUCACCGCAACUCACUCACUCUGAUUCCCUGUCACGUGGAGCUCGCCGAAACAACAACAGGACUACCGCGUGAGAAUAAACAAUUGUAAAAGAGUUAUUUAGGAAGCAAUUCAUGGAGUAACUUUACCUUGUGGAAGUGUGUGAUUUGUGUUUUUAUCCCCCUCGAAGACUUGGUGACAGAAUCAUAAUGGAUUACAAUCGUUGUUUGUAAUGAUGUGUGGCUGUGAGUGCAAUCGCUGAAGAAAGCAUCCAGAUUAGAGGUCGACCAAUAGUGGAUUUUGCGAUACCGAUAACUAAGGUGGUGGGAAAGGCAGAUAACUGAUUAAUCGGCCGAUAGUUUUUAAAAUUGAUUAAUAGAAUAUCAAAAAAAAUUCUUAUUCUUUCC